AUUAUAUGUGAUCCAUUCUUAGUUGUUUGAAAAUCCCAUACCUAUAAAAUGAUAUAAAAGCCCUUUUAUCUUUUACACUAUUUAAUAAAGUUUCUCAAAGAGAAACAAACAAAUAAUUAGUUUUGAUGAAGUCCACAACUACUUCUUCUCUUUUAUUGGUCACUCUCUUUCUUUCAACCAUCAUCUCUCAAAUUAUCAAUGGAGGAGCUACCAAAACACAAAGUGAUACCCUUGGCCAAUUUUACAAGUUGAAGAAAAAUUCCAACAUUGACAAAAGUCUUUUUGAUGCAUCAAAUUUUGAUGAUCUUCAUAUUGCAUCUAAUAAAAAAAAUGUAAUUUCUAAUCAAGAGGAUUUGAAGAAGGCAAAUGACAGGAUUCAGAAACUUCCUGGCCAGCCUCUAGUAAAAUUUGAGCAAUAUGGUGGAUACAUUACGAUUGAUGAAUCUGCUGGACGAGCUUUUUAUUAUUACUUUGUUGAAGCUCAACUUUCUAACAAGUCAUUGCCUCUUCUUCUAUGGCUUAAUGGAGGUCCAGGUUGUUCUUCUCUGGCAUAUGGAGCCUUUCAAGAACUUGGACCAUUUAGAGUAAAUAGUGAUGGAAAAACACUUCACAUAAAUAAUUUCGCAUGGAACCAUGCUGCCAAUGUGUUGUUCGUGGAGUCUCCAGCUGGAGUAGGAUUUUCAUACUCUAAUACAUCAAGUGAUGUUAAGAUUGGAGGAGAUAGGAAAACAGCUAAUGAUAAUUAUCGAUUUAUAAUAAAUUGGCUUGAAAGGUUUCCUGAAUAUAAAGAUAGAGAUUUUUACAUAGCUGGAGAGAGUUACGCGGGACAUUACGUACCUCAAUUGGCACAUACAAUUUUGUAUCACAACAAGAAGGCUAACAAGAAUAUCAUUAAUCUUAAAGGAAUCUUGAUUGGUAAUGCUGUGAUUAAUGAUGAGACGGAUACAAGAGGAAUGUAUGAAUAUUUUGCAAGUCAUGCUUUAAUUUCUGAUGAAGUUGAAGCUGAAAUUCAAAAGCAAUGUAAGUUUACAAUACCAGAAAGUGAAGAAUCAGAUGAGUGCAAAAUGGCUGGAAGUAUAGCAGAUUAUGAUACUCAUGGCCACAUUGAUAUCUAUGCCAUAUAUGCUCCACUUUGCCACAAUACCAAUCUCACUUCCAAGCCCAAAAGACCUUCCUUAGUGAUCGAUCCAUGUAGUGAUUAUUACACAACUGCCUAUAUGAAUAGGCCUGAUGUUCAAAAGGCUCUCCAUGCUAAUGUUACCAAUAUUAAAUAUUCUACUUGGCAACCUUGCAGUGACGUCCUAACAAAUUGGACAGACAGUGCAUCAACGAUUAUUCCUCUUCUCAAAGAGUUUAUGGCAAAUGAUAUUCGAGUGUGGAUAUUCAGUGGUGAUACUGAUGGAAGGGUCCCUGUUACCUCAACCAAGAAAUCUAUUAAAAUAAUGAAUCUUCCUAUCAAAACUCCAUGGCAUCCUUGGUUCCUAAAUGGAGAGUUGGGUGGAUCCACACAAGUAUAUAAAGGAGAUAUGACAUUUGCUACAGUAAGAGGAGCAGGACAUCAAGUUCCAGGUUAUGAACCAGCUAGAGCCCUUUCACUUAUCAUGCAUUUUCUUGAUGGAACUGAUCUACCUGAGUCUAAAUGACAUACAUAAUUAUUAUAAAUAGGACUAGUAAUUUUCUAGUCAAUUAUUAAUUCCUCUUAAGAUUUUUAUUUAUUUUAUGCAAUUAAUUAUGGAUUAGGUGUAAACCAAACGUGGCAUUCUUUCUUCUUUUUCUAUUUGAGAAGUAUUAC